AUAGUUUGAGCUGCCCUUGUCCGAUGCGGUAGCCCGAUUGAAUGCGGUUGAACGCAGCAACAUGGUUCAUUUACCGUUUGGUGCGGUUGAUUUUCUUACCUCAGGCGACAAGAUACCGGUAAUAUUGUUUAAGGGUCGCGUAGGCAGCUACACCGUUCGCAGUGAAAUCGAAUGUAAAGAUACUGAUUGAUUGUACGUACAUUGUUCUAAAGCAGGAGAUUGCGAGUAUCGGUUCUUUGCUAUCCACCAAUCAACUAAUCGAUACUAUAUAAACUGAGCUAUGCAAGUGUACUGAUAUCAGUCUUGCAACUACCAUUCUUCAAUCAAUAUGUUCAAAGUAACUCUCUUCGUUAUCGGCUGCCUGCUGGCUGCUGCAUCUGCCCGGUACCUGGGAGCAGAAGGUGGUUACUGGGACGGAUAUGCGGCAGAUCACCAUGAUUACUACUCGUAUCCAAAGUACAACUACGAGUACGGCGUCAAGGAUUAUCACACCGGAGAUCAUAAGAGCCAGUGGGAGCACCGUGAUGGAGAUGUUGUCAAGGGAGGCUACACUCUGGAUGAGGCCGAUGGUACGAAGCGUGUGGUUGAGUACUAUUCGGACAAACAUAAUGGUCUGACUGCUCAUGUCAAGAGAAUCGGCCACGCCUACCAUCCUCAGGUUUACGGAUAUCACGGUGGUUACUACCAAGGCUACGGUCACGGUCAUGGAGCAUACAGCUAUAACAACUUAAACCAGUAUCAUCACUAAACUCGAUUAUUGAUGUUGAACGGAUAGAUUUUUUUUAUGUUGACUAAUAGAAUUUUUAUUGCGAAAACACUGUUUAAAUAUAUUUGGUUUCUAAAAGCAAAAU